AUGGCCUCCACGGCCUCCACCGAGCGGCACGACCAGCCCGCCGAGGUUGCGAGUAGAGUCUUGAGAAGAGCUCAGGUGUCCAAGAUGACCAGAGCUUUGCAGAACCGUUUGGCCCUGGCCAACGUCAAGGUGAAGCACGGCUGGGAGAACCUCAACAUUGACGCCAUUGAACCCCGUAUCGAGAUGGAGCUGAAGCGGAAGCGGCCGACCUCGAGCCACGACACCGUGUCCGACACCUCGUCGAGUAUCUCGACCGACCGUUACCACCCCCUCGGCUUCCUCGACUCGUCCCCGUUGGCACCUCCCAUAUUUUCUGAUGACGUCCACCGUUCGGGAGGAGGUGGAUACGGUUCGGCAAAGAGGAUGAGAUACCAACCAGACAACUUCAGGCGUCCAGCUUCCAGCAACCAUGCUCGAACAAAGGUCCGUACUGGGAGCGUCAAGGCUUCGUCCUGGAAGAGCUCAUACAGGCUUCCCGAGUCAUCGCCUGCUUACCGCAAACCCGUACACUUCUCUGUCUCGCAACCUCCGAGCCUCUCCUUUGUCUCCGAGACGUCCACCAUACCCGAUGACCCCCUCUCUCCAGUCCUAUCAGAAGCCGACGACGAGGAUCUUCCAGUUUCAUCCUUCCAACUCAAUGCCUCCCAUAUGCGCUCCUCCCCUCCUCUUCAGAGUCCGCGCACACCGCCUCCCGGUCUUUCCCGCUCUGCCGGUCUUCGCAACGAUAGCUUCACCGCAACGCCACGCAACAAUCACAAUGGCCAAGAAGACGCCAAUCUGCUCAUGUACUUGGCAACAUCCCCCUCUUCAGCCAAUGGCGGAAACAAGACACAUGUCAUCCCGCCCUCGACUCCUCCGCAAAAGAUGACACCUCUCCCGUCUUCCAUGAUGUCCACGCCCGGUGGCGGUAGCGGCCCUUUUUCGGGACUUGGUCUCCAUACUCCAGGUGGCAAUCUGAACUUUGCGGACUUCCUCAACAUGACACCGAGCCCUGCUCAGGUUGGUGGUAACUGGAUGAGAACACCUGUGGCUGGCGGCCCAACACCUCUUGCAGCUCGGGAAGCUCGCAAACGGUUGAACUUCGACACCCUUCUGCCUCCGACCAGCAACAGCCCUACCCUUGGGGGACUUGACCGGAAGGCUACUGGUCUGGGUAUGGACCUAGGCGGGGAGCUGGUCUCCUGA